GGAGAUCAGAUAUAGUGAAUGCAGGGUCCAGGGAGACCAGAUAUAAUGAAUGCAGGGUCCAGGGAGACCAGAUAUAGUGAAUGCAGGGUCCUGGGGAGACCAGAUAUAGUGAAUGCAGGGUCCGGGGAGACCAGAUAUAGUGAAUGCAGGGUCUGGGGAGAUCAGAUAUAGUGAAUGCAGGGUCCGGGGAGACCAGAUAUAGUGAAUGCAGUGUCCUGGGGAGAUCAGAUAUAGUGAAUGCAGGGUCCGGGGCAAGACCAGAUAUAGUGAAUGCAGGGUCCGGGGAGAUCAGAUAUAGUGAAUGCAGGGUCCGGGGAGAUCAGAUAUAGUGAAUGCAGGGGUCCGGGGAGACCAGAUAUAGUGAAU